AUGACGUUCAACUUCAGCAAAAAUGUCUCGGCACAGCAGCUGGCUGACAUCCUGCCAAAUGGCGUGGCGAUCCUCGACCAUCGUUACCAACUGAUAUCCGUGAACCGCCGCUUUCGAGACCUGAUCCCAUGUCCCACGGCAAACUUUUCAGAGUGUUGGUUGAACUCGGUCCACAAAGACGACUAUGAGCGGGUGGCCAACGGGUAUCGGGAGACGGCAGAUUCGAAACGAGGGCUACGAAUCGAAUACCACACUCGCGAUCCAGACUCGAUGUGGUGCGUCAUGACGUUGGAUCAGUUAGGGAAACAGGAGGUCAAAUCACUUGGAGUCGGAGACGGCGGACUGUUCAUCUGCACUAUCGCCGACAUCACCCCAGAGAAAAAGGCCGAACUCGUACAAAGACAUGCUGCUGAGCAGGCACAAGAGCGCAAGAAACAGCAAGAGAGGUUCAUCGACAUGAUCAGCCACGAGAUUCGAAAUCCUCUAUCCGCAAUAUUGCAUUGCACCGAAGAUAUUCAAGAGGCUAUAUACAACAAGAAACCGGAACAAAUAUCCAUUUUGAACAUCACCGAGGCUGUUGAAACAAUCAGCCUAUGCAUCACACAUCAAAAGAAGAUCGUGAACGAUGUUCUUACAUUCUCAAAGCUUGACGCAUCAAUGCUCUCCCUAUCUCCUAAAAAGGUCCAACCCAAGCGACAUCUCACAACCCCACUUACAAUAUUCCGACCCGAGCUUCGAAAGCAGCGAAUACAGUUCGAAUAUAAAGCCGACGUAUCGUAUCACUCUUGCGACAUUGACUGGGUCAUGGCCGACCUGGAUCGAAUGAGCCAGGUUUUGAUCAACAUCCUUUCGAAUGCAAUCAAGUUUACCGCAAAAUCAGAGAGCGAUCGGUUCAUCCGUGUGUCCAUGGGUGCCUCUAUAGAGCGUCCAUCAUCAUAUCCGCCGAAUAUCGUCUUCUUCGAGUCCGGGGAAUCUGCACUCCGCAAGGAUGCUACCAACACCGCUGAAUGGGGAGAGGGCGAGGUGGCGUACAUCAUGGUUGCCGUCAAAGACUCCGGCAUUGGAAUCACCGACCGGGCUCAGAAACGGCUUUUCGAACGAUUCAACCAAGCAACUCCAAAGACUGAAAGUAUAUAUGGGGGUUCUGGUCUUGGCCUGAACGUGUGUAGGAAGUUGUGCCACCUGCACGGGGGUGAGAUCGGCGUGAGCUCACAGGAAGGCCAAGGAAGCACAUUUGGUUUCUUCUUCAAAGUCCGCCGAACGAAUCACACGAGCUCAGAUGGUCAUGGUGACCUAAACAUCUCAGGCAUGGACCGUCUUUGUCUUGAUAUCCAGACACUCGGAAAUGAAAUGCGCGGCAUCAAUCAGACGACGAAAGAGCCCGAAAUCUCACCAAACCCCCCAGAAGAAGAACUGUGGGAAUCAAAGCCAGGUGCUCCAAGUGAUCAAACCACUAAGCGAACUCACAGCAUAGCGCGUGAGGUUUCAGAUGAUCACAUGAAACGCAUUGAGCAAAGUUCAACUCACCAUGAAAAGCAGACUGGAAACGGUCAGCGUGUUCUGUUGGUCGAAGACAACAUAAUCAACAGACGUAUCAUCUCACGGAAGCUGGACGCACUUGGAUACGACAUAUCCGAGGCCAGUAAUGGCAAAGAGGCCGUUGAUGCCCAUCAAAAUGGCCAAUUUGAUUGUAUCCUCAUGGAUCAACAGAUGCCUAUAAUGGAUGGGAACCGUGCAACGAAAGAAAUUCGCAAUAUUGAAGGGAAAAAAGGCGGUCAUGUACCCAUCCUAGGCGUGACCGCAAAUGUCAGAGAGGCCCAGCGAGACGAAAUGAUCAGCGCUGGCAUGGAUGAUAUCAUCCACAAGCCUUACGGGACCCAGGAACUUGUUGAAAAGAUCAACAAGAUGUUGCCAAAGACCGGCAAUGAUGAAGCGGGUCGAUGA